UUUUGUAAGAUCACCAACAACGAAUAUCGAACCUCUCAUUUAGGGUUAGGGGCCCGGCUCGGUUCGAAAGAUCGAAUCGGACUUCGAAUUUUGGCCCGUAAAUUGACUCAACCGAUUCGGCCCGAAAAAAUGACUCAAACGUCUUACCGAUUCGAAAACACCAACCCUGCUCUCAUUACCAACAUUACAACAAUGAUUUGUUUACAAAGUUAAGUGUAAGGACCACCCAUGGGAAUUAAAUCUUAUAGGCUGAUUUAACUUUGUUUGUUUAGUUGGAUAUCUUUGAAAGGAUAAAAAUAAGGGAACGGAUAUAUGAGAAUAAUCUUUCCUGUUAAAUCCUCGUUCAAAUAGAGAUAGGAAAACAUUAUUAUCUCCUUCGAUCUUUAGGGUUAUCCCUAUUUAAAUUAAAUAAAUUAAUUCUUCCCUUCUCUUUUUUUAUUCAAAAAUCUUUUUUAAAUAAAAACAGGUUUUUUAAAUUAAAAGAGAGAGAAACAGUCAAUUUAAUUUUUUAAUUUCAAAUAAAGCCAACACUCCAUUCCAACAUUUAAUAAUUUAAUUUUUUUUCUUUAAAUUUCCUUCCCUUCCCCCAAACUUUUUUUUUAAAAAACUUUUUUUGUUUGCUUUUAUACCUUACUUCCUCCUCUCUUUUCUUCUCCUCUUCCCCCCCCCCUCCCCCCAAAUACCAUUAAAACAAUAUUUUAUCACUUUAAGCUUUAAAAAAAAUUUUUAGAACGAGAGAGGAAAGAAGGGUUGUAAAAGGCCCUCUCUCUCUCUUUCUCCCUUCUUCACUUCAUUUCAUUUCCCUCCUUCUCAAAAAUUUUUAUUUUUUCGUUUAUUGGUCUUCUCACCAAAAAAUGAAUAAAUUUUCAUUUUCUGUCCUUAUCUUCUUUUUAUUUUUUAUUUUAUUUAUUGCGCAGUUUGGAAUUUUUGUUGAGUCUAAAGAUGAAUUAUUGCUUGUACAAGCUUUUUGGCGUCAUGGUGAUCGUUGGCCAAUUACUACUUAUGCUAAUGAUCCAAUUAAGGAGGACAGAUGGCUGCAAGGAUGGGGGCAACUUACACCUGUAAAAUUUAAUUUCUUUAAUGACAUAAGAUGAAAAUCCUUUAAUCCACGUGGAAAUUAAAAUAUCAAUACUAAAGCCUCUAUAAAGAGAGUUAUUGGUUUCGGGGAGUAUUGG